AUGGGUCCAAAUACUCAGGUGCGCGGGCGCAGCGAACGGAUACAUUGUGAUGCCGCGCCGGGCUCGCCGUGCAGCCAGAAAAUAGAAUUAAAAGACAAGCCACAAUGGACCCAGCCCUCACAAUACACCCGCAUUGCGGCAAUCGGCUACUUAUUCUUUAAAAGUUGGAUAAGACCGAUUCAAAAUGUAUUUAUACAACUUGACACUCCAAGGCUCUACAGCCAUUACACAUGCCGUACAUGGAAACUUCUCUGGCACAAAACAGCAAGAAAUAGUGAUAUCUCGGGG